AUGUCAACGAAUUACUCGUUCCACAACAAAAGAAUAAUCUUUGUACGGCCAUAUAUUCUGCCCUUAUACACCAUACCGGUGUUCCUAACGAUCAACACGUACCUCAUUGUGCUGCCCGUUGCUUUGACCGUGUUUCUUAUUCUACUGUGCAUUUGGUCCACACGCAUAAAUCUGCUAUUCAAUUACAGCACGGAUCGUACGGGCCGGUUCAUUUACUUCGAUGGAAUGGUGCAUGAACUGCAGAAAGACGAGCGCAAAAAUAAGAAGGACAGAGCGGAGAAGGAUGAUGGCAGGCGUGCGUAUUUCAUGCACAAGCACCGCAUAUUUAUAUGGGACGGUGCACGCAUAAACAAGCUGAAGGCGGAUGUGCACCGACCGAUCGAUCUGUACAAGGACCUGGUGCGCUUUGAGCUUGAGCACACGCUCCCGAACAGCAUGCGCAUAGACAUACCGUCGUAUGCCCAGCUGUUCUAUGAGCACUUCAGUGCGCCAUUCUUCGUGUUUCAGAUCUUCUGUGGCGUGCUGUGGUGCCUUGAUGAGUAUGUGUACCACUCGCUGUUCACGCUUUUCAUGCUGUUUGUGUUUGAAACGGGAGUGGUGUUUUCAAGGCGUGUGACGAUGAAGCACUACAGAUCGAUGGAACGUAAGGAGAGCGCUAUCGACACGCUUGUGUUUGAUGGUGAUACGUACACCAGAAAGACGGUGAGCAGCACCGAUCUUGUGCCUGGUGAUGUAGUGUGCAUCGAUAGGACGGGCACUGUGCCCGCUGAUAUGAUCGUGCUCAAGGGAUGCUGCGCUGUUAACGAGGCGAUGCUUACCGGUGAGUCUCUGCCCAAUUAUAAGGAGGAUAUAGGCGAGCUGACCGGUAUGUUUGAGCGGCAGAAGAAGCACGUGCUGUUUGCAGGCACAGAGAUGGUCAAGAUCGAACCUACACGUAAGAAACGGGUCACGGUGCCCAAGGGUUCUCAAGGUGUUUAUGCGCAUGGCGGUAAAAAUACAAAAAUAGACGGCAGCAUUAAUGCGUCCGAGAAUAGGGCAGUGCGGAGCAGCGUUAGUUCUGACAGCGGUGUGGAGAGUGGUAGGGAUACAUGGAUCGAGGAGAGUGCUAAUGUUUAUAACAGUGGCGAGGACGCGAGUACGGGCAAGGAAAUGAAUACUGGUAAUUCAAAUACGGGCGAGAUCAAUCAUGUGCAUAAAAUAGACCGGUACUCUUUUGAUGAUAAAUCGGUGAUAGCAAUGGUAAUAGAAACGGGCUUUGGAACACAGCAGGGCAAGCUUAUACGGAAAAUGAUGACGAAUGCACCACCUGACAAUACGGAGGCGUAUCUUUUCCUGUUGUUCCUCUUGGUAUUUGCUGUGCUCUCGUCCAUCAUAGUUCUGUACCAGUCUAUAAAAAUGGGCAAAAGCCAUUACAAAAUUAUGCUCGAAAUAAUUUUAAUAUUAACGAAUGUUGUGCCACCGGAGCUGCCCCUGGAGCUUACCAUCGCAGUGAAUGCAGCAGUUCAUAAGCUGCUCACACAAGGGGUGUUCUGUUUGGAACCGUUUAGGAUCGUGCGGGCUGGUGUGCUUGACAUAGCGUGUUUUGAUAAGACAGGUACACUCACAGAGAGUGAAAUGGUGGUUCACAGAGUGAUUGCGCAUGACGAGCAUGGUGUGACAGGCAUUCUUAGUACGUGCCACUCGCUGCUCGUAGAGGAAGGUGAGCAACGAAGGAUUGUUGGUGAUCCUCUCGAAAUGAGUGCAUUCGCACAUGUAAACGCUGAAGUGGUGAACGAGAGUACGGUGUGCACAGGUGGCGUGCAGUACGAGAUCAAGAAACGCUUCUACUUCUCCUCUACGCUCAGGAGAAUGUGUGUGGUGUACAAAGAAAGUAAGAAACGCAUCUAUAAGGUGGGCAUGAAGGGAGCACCCGAGACAGUUAAAAAGUUCCUGGCACAGGUGCCUGAUCACUACGACGAGUACAGAAGGUAUGCAACAGAGGGAUACCGCGUGUUAGCACUCGCAAGAAAGGACAUGCAUUCCAUUACAGAAAGUACUACCAGAGAAACGGUUGAGAGCGGGCUUACAUUCGUAGGAUUCGUGCUGUACAAGAGCAAAGUGAAAGAGGAGAGUAGAAUGGUGGUUGAUACGUUAAAAGGAGCUGGAUGCAUGGUUGUUAUGAUUACGGGUGAUAAUGCGCUCACGGCGGUUGCUGUUGCAAAGGGAUUGGACAUUUAUAACGGGAAUGUUAUGGAAGGUGAUGAUAUAACCUUGGCAUUGGAUGAGUGGGAACGCACGAAAGGGACUUAUAGAUUGGAUUAUGGUGGAGAUAAGAAUAAGGACUUGGGUGAUGAUGAUAAAAAUAGAAAUAUGAAUAAAAGUGCGAGUAAAAAUACUAAUGGCGUGGGGAAGUGCAGAUUCACCAUUGAAGAAGACGCAAAAAUUAAUGGUGAUACUGUGGGCGCUAUGCUCAAUGCUAGGAAACGAGAAAAAACGGAUGCGGCAGAUGAGGGCUCUUCGCUCUCACCGACCGUAAUAGAAAGGAUGACAGAUUUGGAGAGCACCGAGAAGCUCGACGGGGUACGAAAUAGAAGCAAUCUUAUGGACGUAUCGGUGUUUGCGAGGGCUGAUCCCAAACACAAAGAACGGUUGAUACGUUUCUAUAAGACAGAGGGACUCGUAACGCUGAUGUGUGGGGAUGGCACGAACGAUGUGGGAGCAUUGAACGAGGCAGAUGUGGGCGUGGCAUUGCUCGUGAACGAGCAGAAGAAAACACAGCCUGAAAGUCUUAGAGAUGCUCUGCUCAACGAGCUGAUGGACAAGAAGGUAAACCUGGGAGAUGCGUGUGUUGCUGCUCCGUUCACGAUACGAAAUGGUUUGCUCUCGGGAGUGCUCAGCGUGGUAAGGCAGGGUCGAAGCACGCUGGUCACUACGUUCCAGAUGUACAAGAUCCUUGCUCUGAACAGUCUGAUCACGGCAUACAGCCUAAGUUUCCUCGAUUCAAUGGGCAUACGCUUCAAUGACUACCAAAUCACCAUUUCAGGCAUUCUGCUCGCAUUUGCGUUUAUGUUCCUGACAAAGUGCGAGCCAUUGGACGAGAUAAGUGCGCAGCGUCCAAUCACAGGCAUCUUCAACGCGUACUUUAUGACAAGUAUUAUGUUGCAGACUGCCGUACACAUCGUGACCACAUUCAUAUUGGUGCUGCACAUAGGCACACCUACCGAGUACAGCGAAAAAUUCGUGCCUACCACGCUUAACUCUUCGCUGUUCAUCCUGAGCACAUCUCAACAGGUAAGCACGUUUAUCGUAAACUACAUUGGUCGGCCGUUCAGGGAGUCAUUCCUGGAAAACACGCAUCUGAGGAACUCGCUAUUUGCAUGUCUCGGAUUUUGCAUUUUUGUGUUGUUCGAGGUUAACGUAGAUAUGAAUAGAGCGCUCGAAAUUGUUGAUCUUGGCGAUGUUAGGCUGUGUUUGUUAGGUAUUAUGAUGGUGGAUUGGAUAUGCUGCUAUGGGUUGGAAUGUGCUUGUGCAUAUUUUUUGUGUGGUAGGGCAGCCAACAGAAGUGCAAAGAAAUAAAUGUUGGUUUAGUUACUUUGUUCGGUGAGAUGAGUUGGUAUUUGAUCAGUGCACUGCAACGAUGAAGGAUUUAUUGAUGCGUUUGUAGGGUAGCGGGUGGUUGAAAAAAAUCUGGAAAGGUUGUGAAAAUGGUGGUUGUUACCCCUUGGUAUUGAAGGGCUUAACUAUAAAAGGCUGGUUCUGCUCUGUGCUAUUGAUCAUUAAUGCCAGAAACUGAUCUGUUAGCACGACAUUGCGUGCGCUUUGAAUUUGAUUGCUAGGGAGAAGCUGUGGUUACCGCAGCCUUAUCACAUGAUAGGUACCUAAGAUUGCCGUUCCUAUCUUUAAAAGUGAUGCAUUCAUAUAUUUGUGUAGCAUUUUUGCUGGUAUUAGAGUUAACUGCCCAUUAUUUUUGGUUCCCAAACUCUUAGUUACAUGUCGGACACCACAGCAUUUUUUAUUCGGUCAUGAACGAGUGGAGUACAGCUAGAAUGAUAAUUAACUUACAAUAUGAGAGUAUUGUGGCGGUCUUUCCAACAUCUCUAAGGUACUUGCUAGUAAUGCUUUUACUAAAAUCAUUUUAAUGAUUGGCUCUUAUGUCGGUGUUCCUCUUAGGAAACAUCCAGGACACCCGCUAGUACCGGGUACAGGAUUUAGAUCUAACGUUGUUCGAGUCUGAUCGUAUUCCUCUCGUUAUAGCUAUUUUUUAACAGGUAGGGCUCACGAUGAACUUUUUUGAUGGAGCGC